AUGGAAACAGAUAUAGAUCCCGCUGAGGCGGGUCAUGAGGAGAUCCGGCUCCUCGUAGGUGAUGUUGUUGAAUCAUCCAAAGUACCUGCCAAAACACGCGCAACCAGCAUCAAACCCACUAUCACCAACCUCACUUCUCUCUGCUACGAAUGGGGUCUUUUACCUGAGACUCUUGACCAUCUCAUUAACCUUGUUACCACGCCAAAUCACCUUGAUCAAGCAAGUCAAGCUGCCAUCAUCAGAAAUCUCUACCCAGCCGCACCCGUUUCCCGAGAAUCCACUCUUCUGGUCAUCUCUUGCCUCGGUCACGGGGCUCUCAAGCCGUCUCUAACUCUUCAAGCGGCUCUUCUCAAGUGGCUCAUCACAGUCCACCACACACUGGAGUCACCGCAGGUACUCUCACAGGUGUAUCCUGUUCUUUUCAACCUCCUCGACACCGCAGCCACUCGACCUAAUUUAAGCCAUCUUCUUGCUCUUAUCACACGACGAAAACAUGUUCGACCUUUCCGAAUUCAAGCCUUACUUAAUCUCUCAAGACAAACAGGAAACGAUCCUUGCUUAAUCGGUCUUUUGAGAGUAUUUAAGGAUUAUUACCCCGAGGUUAUUGUUGGGGAAGCUGUUCGAGGCAAAGCAUCCUCCUUCAAGCUUCCUGAUCCCCAAUGGCGAGAAAGGCUGGACGAGAUCCAAGAGGCACACUACCAUAAAUCCCAAGGCGGCCCAUCACAACCUCGCGAUGGCUUCCGCGUCCAUCGCCCUAUCGGCCGCAGUGCCAGAAACAAGGUCGUUCCGUUAGUUCACACAUCUCAUGCAACAGAGGAUGCGGUCACACUGGAAGAAAUCGAGAAUGCUACCGGCUUCGUCAAGAAUCUCGACAAACUGGAGCUACCUAACCAGCUAAUAGCCGUUUUGGCAGAUCCACUGCUGCAAAAACUCAUGCUUCUGAAGCCAGGUUAUGAGUCCGAGCAGAGGAUGUCAAACUGGCUCAAUGCAGUUCUCCAAGAUGUCUAUGAUGGUGACGCGGAUGAGGCCACUUUCUUUGAUAUGUUGGACAUUCUCCGAGACUAUGUCGUGUCUACCAAGCAUCUACCCCCUCUCCUCCUCAACUUCUUUGUGCGCUUUCUUCCACUUUGGGAUGGCUCUGGGCGUCGCGACUCUAUGUUUGAGAUCUUGUCAUACUCCCCGUUGCUGGAUUUCCAAGAACUGUAUAAACAUGUUUUGCAGCCCCUUGAGGCUGCAACGCUUGAUAGCACCCCAGAAUCUCAACUCGCCCUCCUCGCUCUGUACAAGAACCUCCUCCAUCACUGGACGGUCGUACUUGGAUCCAGUGACCCGGUGCCAGACAAUGCUAGCGGUAGUGUUACGGCUUUGGUCCGCCACGUUAAUACCCUGACCCUCAGUCUCGUCCAAACAUCCACUUCUGUCUCGGCCCGUUCAGCUAUCCUCGACUUUUACGAGCAAAACGCCCGGCUUGUCAGCCACGAGACGCUCAAGCACCAUAUCCGUAUUGAGCUUCCCCCCUCCUUCCUGAUAUACAUACUCUUCUUUAGUAGCUCUGCCGCUAUCACGUCACGGAUCUGUGCCAUCCUUGCCUUGUACAAGAAGGGUUUCGAGAUGGCUAUGUUCACCAAGCCGCGCCGUGACGGAAGCAACCGUGUAGACUCGUCGUCGUAUAAUAAGGUUUUCGUCAGCUUGUUCAACGGUUACCUCAUGGAUAUAUGCAACUGCUUCUGGCGCGGUCGGGCGUUUACCGACAGUGACCCCAACGCCCAUGGCUGUAUGAUUCCACGGAGUCUAGUGCCCAAGCUGUCAUCGUAUGUGAUUUCCGUGGAGAAAUCACACACCUUAACAUCCCUCUUCUCACUCUCAUACUCGCCACUUCUGUGCCUGCAGAGCACAAGGUGUAUACAGGACCUUGAAAGCUCUGAGAUAGAUGACCAUACAUCUUUGCGCGUCAGACACGAGGGACCACCGACACAAAGUAGUCUUGGGCAGCUAGCGAGCUCAGGGGGCAUACGGGUCUCCUGGCAGGAUUACAGGAUUAAGGUGCUCGAAACACUGUCCGCCAAGGAACUCGCAGGUAUCACGGACCUGCUGAAGAACACGAUGACAGUGCUGAGGAAAUUAAUAGACGGCGAAGGAAACACUAAACCAACUGCGACGCAAUGA